AUGACACUGAUUGCGACCUGUCGAGACACGUACGGCCUCCCUGACACAACAUCGGCCAGAAGGGAGGAAGAGACCAGAGCCCUGUGUACAUCUGAAUACUCCGACAUUUCUCCCCUCACGGGAGGCAACGUCAUGUUUUCAACCCUUGAAGGACGCCCAUCCGCUCGCUACUUUGAUACUAGUGAUGCUUUGCAUAGUUGGGUCUCAGCGACUGAUAUCAGGAUAACUCUGGACAGAUUGAACACAUUUGGAGAUGAGGUUUUCGGAGAUCCCCAAGUUUUGAAAUCCUACUUCUAUGCCAUAGCUGAUGUCAGUGUUGCUGGAAGAUGUGCUUGCAACGGGCACGCGAGCGAGUGCGAUGAUAGCGGGGACGGCAGCGGGUCGCUGGUCUGUCGCUGCGACCACUUCACCACCGGCCAAGAUUGCCAACAAUGCCUCCCUUUCUACAACGACGCGCCCUGGGGACGGGCCAACGAUAACAACGCCCACGAGUGCAAACAACUGCAACGGCUUUUCACGUCGGUGCUUUUUCGACAAGGAGCUGUACGAGGCAACGGGCCACGGAGGCCACUGCUUGGAUUGCGCCGGCAACCGCGAUGGAGCCAACUGUGAGAGAUGUCGUGACAACUACUAUCAAAGAAACGACAGCUAUUGUGUUCCUUGUCAGUGUAACGAAGUCGGCUCCCGAAGCCUGCAGUGCAACAGCGAGGGUCGGUGCCAGUGUAAACCUGGCGUGACGGGUGACAAGUGUGACCGGUGCGACGCCAACUUCUACGAGUUCGGACCAAACGGCUGCAAGGCUUGCAACUGCCAUGCGGCGGGCAGCUUCAACAACCAACCCAAGUGCGAUGAGCUCGAUGGCACUUGUCAUUGCAAGCAGAAUGUCGAGGGAAAACAGUGUAGAGUAUGUAAGCCAGGUUACUUCAACAUGGAUGAGGAGAAUGAAUUCGGAUGUACUCCCUGCUUCUGUUAUGGCCACUCAUCUGUCUGUAAUUCCGCACAGGGCUACUCAAGAAUUCAAAUUGAAAGCAACUUCGGCAGGCAUGCUGAGAGAUGGUCGGCUAAGGAUGUGCAGAAUAACAAUGUGUCUGUCAACUAUCUGUCAGAGACCCAAGUCAUAUCUGUCACUGCGCCUGACAGAGAUUCUGUUUAUUUCAUCGCACCAGACAGAUUCCUGGGUGACCAGAGAGCCAGUUACAACCAAGACUUGGAGUUCAAGCUGAGAGUUGGCAGAGUGGGUCAGAAUCCGUCGGUCAACGAUAUUAUACUGGAAGGAGCCGGAAAGUCCAUCAUUCAGCCAAUCUUUGGUCAGGGCAAUCAGCUGCCGUCAACUACGGUGAAUACAUUCAGAUACAGACUACAUAACGAUCCGGAUUAUGGAUGGCAACCUCGUUUAUCAGAGAGGGACUUCAUGAGUGUUCUUGCCAAUUUGACUGCCAUCAAAAUCAGAGGAACUUACACACCAACAGGCAUUGGUUUCUUGGACGAAGUGCGCCUAGAAUCGGCGCGUAGGGGCGCGGCUGGGGCACCUGCCUCCUGGAUCGAGAUGUGCGCCUGCCCCGUCAACUAUGUGGGCCAGUUCUGUGAGUCAUGCGCCCCUGGGUCACGUCAUGACCCACCUCAGGGCGGACCCUUUUCACCUUGUGUACCCUGCGACUGUAACAGCCAUGCUGACAUCUGUGAUGCUGACUCGGGACGGUGCAUCUGCCAGCACAACACAGCUGGUGAUAACUGUGAGAAGUGUGCCAAGGGCUUCUAUGGAAAUGCCCUACAGGGAACUGCCUACGACUGCAAGGUAUGUCCUUGCCCCAAUCAGGGCGCCUGCAUGCAGAUCAAGGACGAUGUCGUCAUCUGCUUAGAGUGUCCAAAGGGCUACAGUGGUUCUAGAUGCGACCUCUGCAGCGACGGUUACUACGGAGACCCGACGGGCCGCAACGGGCCCGUGAGGUUAUGUGAACCAUGUGACUGCAACGACAACGUGGAUCCAAAUGCGGUGGGAAACUGCAACCGAACCACGGGGCAGUGUCUCAAGUGUAUCUACAACACGGGUGGACCUAAUUGCGACCAGUGUUUACCAGGUUUUUACGGUGACGCCCUAGCCCUACCCAAGGGCGACUGCCAACCUUGUCAGUGUUACGCCCCCGGCACCGCAUCAGCUGACGGCUCAUCAGCUGAUGUGGUUUGCGACCAGCUGUCGGGACAGUGCCAGUGUAGAGCGCACGUAAUUGGCACCAAUUGUGACCAGUGUGAACCAGGCUACUACAAUAUACAGAGUGGUCAGGGAUGUACGGCGUGUAACUGUGAUCCUACCGGCUCGGUAAACCACACAUGCAACACGGAAACAGGUCAGUGCUACUGUAAGCCGGGUAUCACGGGGGCGCACUGUGACGUGUGUCAGGCUUACUACUAUGGGUUUUCCAGUGAAGGAUGCAAGCCUUGCGACUGUGACCCGAUCGGAUCCAAAGCUCUGCAAUGCGACCCUAACGGACAGUGCCCGUGCCUGGAGAACGUGGAAGACCGUCGGUGCGACCGCUGCAAGGAGAACAAGUUCAACCGGCAGCUUGGCUGUGUUGACUGCCCCGCCUGCUACAACCUGGUGCAGGAUGCGGCCACCUCGCACCGCUCCAAUUUGCGCCGGCUCGACGGCAUCCUCGCUGACAUAGCUGCCAACCCCACUGUCAUCAAUGAUGCCGACUUUGAGGCCAAACUGCAUGAGGUCAUGGCACGGGUCGAUAGGCUGUGGAACGAGGCUAAGGCUGCCAAUGCUGGAGGUGACAAAACACUGCUAGACCAGUUGAACGAGCUGCACGCUCGCUUGGACGACGUCCAAGUGCUGAUGCGACAAAUCCACAACUGGACGGAGGAAGCCAGGCAGCAGACUGGGGAGGCGGAGCGCGAUGCCACCGAGGCUGAGAUUAUAAUCGAACGUGCGCGCGAGGCGCUACAGGGAGCCCUGGAUUAUCUGCAAACAGACGGAGCUGCUGCUUUGAAGAAAGCUAUGGACCGUUCAACAGAAUUCGGCCAGCAGAGUCAGCAGAUGUCAGAAAUGGCCAGAGAAGCUAGGAGGCUUGUACAGCAACAAAAGGAAGAGUAUGACAAUAUCAACUGGGUGGCAGAGAAAGCUGUCAAUGUGUCAACAGAUGCCUAUGAACUGGCCAAAGAUACUAUCAACCAACAGAAGAAUACCAGUGACGAGCUGAAAAUCCUUGCCUCAGACCUGGCGGUGGCUCGCGACCUGCUCGACUCGGCCAAUAGGCUGUCGGCUGAGGUGAAAGGUCACGUGACCAAUGUGCACACUGAGGCACUGGACCUCUACAGAGACAUCUAUGCACUCACCAUUCCAACUGUAGAUACGGCCACUAUGAGGCAGGAUGCUCAGCUGUUAUCUGCUGAGGCAAAAGCAAUGCAAGCGAAAGGCGCCCAACUGAUGGACAACUAUCGCGGCGUUCUGGACGACGUGGAGACGCAGCUGAGCGGCGCCGACGCCAUCUUGGAUUCGGCGACACGACAGCAGCAGUCGUGUGACGAUCUGCUCGCAGAUGCUGACGCGGCAAAAGCGCUGGCCGAGGAUGCGGUCACACUCGGCAACAAGACGCUCACUGAGGCUGAGCAGACGCUCAAGACGUUGCAAGAUUUCGACAACAAAAUCCAGGAGAGCAAGGACAAAGCGACGGAAGCAUUGCAACAAAUUCCGGAAAUAGUUUCGCUGAUCAAGGAGGCCGAGAAGAAGACGACCAAUGCACAGGAGGCAUUGGCUGGCGCUGAGAACAAUGCCAGGAGUGCCAAUGCCAUAGCUCAGGAUGCGCAGACCAAAUAUGCCGAACAAGCAUCUAAGGAAGCAGAUGAAAUUAGGAAAAGUGCUGAGGUGACUAAAAACGAGGCGGGUAAACUGCGAGAUGAGGCUGAUGCUCUGGCCAGUCGUGUGGUGGUCACUGCUACCAAAGUCAACGAUUUGGAGGAACAAGCCAAAAACGAUGGACGAUUGACCAAACUGGCGAAAGAGAAAGUGGGACAAGCCAAUGCCAGUGCUUUUGACGCCCUUGAAAGAGUGCAAAAUGCCCUGGAAGAUGUCAACAAUGUCAUCAAAGACUUGAAGGACCUUGUCGAUGUUGAUGCAGACGCAUUGGAUCGUCUAGAGGAGAAAUUGGCAAGAGCAGAGCAUGAGUUUAUGGCUGUUGACCUGGAUAAGAAGCUGGCUGAAUUGGAUGAAGCAAGAAUAGCACAGACACAAUUCCUGAAAGACUACGAAGAAGAACUGAAACGACUGAAGGUUGAAGUGGAUAACAUAGAAGAAAUCGACAAGGCCCUCCCCAACAAGGACAGAUGCUUCAAACGAACAAGGCUCGAACCUUAACUCCUUUUAGUCAGCUAUUAAUCAAUUAUUUACAAAUUUAGUUGAAUUUUUCAAAUCGUUCCAACGCCUACAUGCUGCCAUUAAGCAAAGAGUCCCAUGAAGACUGUUUUAUUGUAUAAGUUGUUGAGAGAACUUAUAUCAUACUAUUUUUAUUAUAAUAAUGUACAAAUCAGAACAUUGUCAGUAGGAUAAAUAAUGAUGUAUUUUUGUAAUAAGAGAUGGCGGAUCAUAUCUAUCCUUGCCAUUUAGUCAUUGAUUAGUGUAUUUUUCAAGAGCAGGUGUAGAGUAGUAGGAGAUGAUAUGGAGAGGUUGGAAAAUAUGAUGGAAGAUUCACUGUAAGUCUAUAAUUAUCAUUUCCUAGAUUCUAUAGUUUCUAUUUUUAAAUUAAACAGUUGGAAAAACAUCAGUAUCAGGCUGCUAAAGCCCAGUUCACAACAAAACUGUCAACUGAAAUUUCAACAAAUUUCGGCAAUUUGUUGCCAAUUUCUCAAAAAGCACAGCAACAUUCAAAUUGUUCUCUACAUAAACUUAGAAGUUCAACAAUUUUUUUUUGAAGAAAACUGCUAACAAAAUGAUCAUGACAACUCAGGAGUUAACGUGGCUUGAAUAGGCCUACACUUCAUAGAGAAUAAAUCAGUGUUGAGAGUGGAUUUAAAAAUCCGAAGGCGCUCCACAAGUGAGUACUAGUUUUAAUAAAUAAUAUUCAAAAAUUAGACUGUAGUGUCGUUGAAAGUAGUUCAAAAACAGAAAGAAUAAUAUUCAAAAAUUGAAUUUUCAGCUGCUAUUCGUAUCAAGUUUUUAAUGUUUUAGAAUACAUUUUCCCAUCAUUUUUUAUCAGAGCUUUCAAGCGUUCGUUCAUUUUUGAUGUGUGAACAAUUUCUUUAUAAUGAACCACAAUCAAAAAUCACUUUCUAAAUAAUAUUUUGUUUUUUAAACUACACCUUCUAAAUAUUUUUUAUUUACUAUUUAUUUCUUUUAAAUAAACAGCCACAUCUGGAGUGGCACUGAAAUCAUUGAAUAGACAGCCAUAGCAGAAAGAUCCUUUCCUUGGCAUAGGCUGAUUUUCUAGAAAGUUCUGAGGGAAUAAUCCUUUCUUGGAUUGGUCCUCUUAUUAAUUGUUUAGCUGCUAUUCUUACAUUCCUAGAAAAGUUUUCAAAUUUGGAAUCUAAUUAUCUGAAAAUAAAUUCCCUUUCCAUUUUCAGUAUGUGGAUAAGGUGUAUCAAAUCUAGUUGCUUUUCCCCUCACGAAUAGUGGGAGAUCUUAUAGACUUACAGUGAAAAUUUCAUUUGAGAGAAAUGGAGAAGAUAAGUGUCUCUUUCCUUACAUUCUUCAGAGGAUAUUAUCUUCAAGAAUAUAAUAUCCUUUCACUAGCCGUGUUAGUAAUUUAGUGUUAAUUAAAUAAAAUGUAUUGUUACCAAAGUUUGUAAAUAUUAUAAAGAUUGCUACUACCAACUCAUAGGAUGUACACAUUUCCAAAUAUGUUAUCAAGAAAUUCAUUUUGAAUAACUCCUCAUUUUUAGUUUUGAAAUGUCAAACUCUAAUCAAAAGCCAUGUCACUGCCAAUAUGUGUUAUGGUGUGAGAUAUUAAGAAACAAUUUCUAAAUAAUUCUUUUUCUAUAAAUACAAUAAUUUAUCUUUUCCUGAUCUUAAUUCCCUUAUAAAUAUAAUAUAAUAAGUGGAAGGUCAUAAGAUAUCGCUAAUGUUGUUAAUAUAUAAUUUAAUGUGGGUUUUAUGAGGUCGUCUAUCAACACCUGUCUUCAAGUUUAGGCAGUUUUAUUUAUUUUAAUUUGAUUAUGUAAUAUUAGUUUUGUAUCUUAUACUUCUUGUUUUGCCAAGUCAAUUCUUCAUAAAUAUUUCAAUAUAAUAUACGUAUCUAAGUGCAGGCAGUUUGAUCUAUUAAGUCACUAUUAUACAAUCGAAUAGUUCUCCAAUGAUUGAAUAAUCUAAGGUAGCCUUAUGUUAUUUUAUUUCAAUACAGGCGUAUUCUGUGUGAAGUUGUAAAUUAUAAUAAUAAUUUUCCUAGUGAAUGAUUCGUCUGAGUAAUACGACAAUACAGUUUUUAAUCAGUUACAGUAAUAUUGUUGAACUCUACAAUCUUGAAUUACAGAUGAAAAUUACUGAGAUAAUAAUAUUAUUAAUCUUGAAUUAAUUACAAUUUAUUUAUUCAAGGGAACGAAAUUUGAGAAUUUUCUUCUAUUUUUAAGGUUCAACUGACUCUGAUGCCAUUUUAUUUUCCAUAUUUUCUGAACAAUUUUAUUCAUAUAAGUUUUUAAUAGGAGUAGAUGAUCAGCUAACGUGCCUAUAAUCUAUAUCUCCAACAUGUAGGCCUGAUGAAAUUAUAAGAAAUGUUGUUCUAUAUCAGCUUAAUUUCAUUUUGUAAGGAUUCUUAUUAAUACUCUAUGAAAAUCUUAAUAGAAUAUUGAUCAUUAGAAGUGCCUACAACCUCCUGUCAACAUGUAAUAACUUUCUCUAUGUAAAAUACUUCUAAUACCAACUAUUUUUCAUGCCAAAGACGAUAUAAGAGUUUCAUAUUAUUGUGUUUUUUGUUAAUUCGCUUUUGUCAGAUAAUUUGAGAGGUAUGUGUGACUGUAUUAGUAAAUACAAAGUGGAUGUGAGAUGAUAUUUUGAAUGAUAUUGUUGUAAACUUUUGGAACCACCGUAAUUUUGUAUUGGAGGAAUGCAUUUGAAUAUAAUUUUAUAAGAAGCAAA